AUGCCAAUUUGUACAGAUCGAGCUCGUCGACCAAAUGCUGGUUCACGCAUGGCUCAGUUAUUGAAUGAAGAAGAAGAGGAUGAAUUCUAUACCAGUAUCUAUGGAGGCUUCACAGAGGAAGCAGAAGAUGUAGAUUAUGAGUCAGAAAGUUCCGUGGAAGACGUCAUCGAUUCCGAUUUUGAUGAUGAUACCGAAAAUGGGGAGGAUGACGCUGCGGCCUCCGAUGGUAGCGAUGAGAAUGAAAAACCUAAAGGUCGCUCAAGGCGUGUAAUCACCAAGGGCUAUAAGGUGAUUCCGUUUUUCUAUUUUUAUCUGAUUAGCGUUCUCCUUGUGCGAUGCUAG